AUGAAUGACCAAAGCCCUCAGGUUCAGGAGCUGAGUCCCUGGACAGACGAACUGCCCAUCAGCACAGAGUGGUACUCGUGGGACUACGAUGCCGAGACCCCAGCGCUGCCCGAGCUGUGUGAAAAGGAGGCCGUCCGUGCCGUGGCACGCGUCUACCUGCCGGCGAUGGCCGUCCUGUUCUGCCUGCUGGGCGUCCCGGGCAACGGGAUGCUCUUGCUGAUCCAGGCCUGCUACCGCCGCGGCCGGUCCCUGGGCGACACCCUCCUCUUGCACCUGGCGGCCUCCGAUCUGCUGCUGCUCCUGACUCUCCCCGUGGGCGUGGCGGGGAUGGUGGGCAGCUGGCCCCUGGGCUCCGCCCCCUGCCAGGCCCUGCAGGGCCUCCACGCCCUCACCUCCUACAGCGGCUUCCUGUUCCUCAUGGGCCUCACCGUGGAUCGCUACGUGGCUAUCGCGCAGGCCCCCACUGCCCACCGCCUGCGCCCCGUGGCUGCUCGCUGGGCCGGGCCGAGCGCAGGGCUGGUGUGGCUGCUCUCGGCGGCUCUCGCCCUGCCCCAGUUCCUGUACGCCCGGGUGGAGGACCAUGGUGGCUUCCCACUCUGCCGGGUGGCCGUGGUGACGGCUGCGGUGAGCCUGGCCCAGGUGGGCCUUGGCUUCGUGCUGCCCUUGGUGCUCAUGGGGGCCUGCUAUGCCGCCAUCGCCCGCACCCUCCUGUCCUCCCCUUGCGCCCAGUCCCAGAAGGCCCUGCAGCUGAUCUUGGCUCUGGUCUUGCUCUUCGUUGUCUUGCAGCUGCCCCACGCUCUGCUGACGGUCCUGGACACGGCUGAUCUGCUGGGCCGCCGGUCCUCGAAUUGCCCGGCCGUCCUCCGGCGGGACCUGGCCCUGCUCAUCACCAGUGGCCUGGCCUUGGCUCGCUGCUGCCUGAACCCCGUCUUCCACGCUUUCCUGGGCGUGCGCUUCCGGAGGGAUCUGCAGCAGCUGGGCAAAGAUGCUGGCUGUCGACUGCAGGGGGCGUGCUGCGGCAGAAGGGCCAAGAGAAGAGGCAGCCGGCAGGCGUCCCUCACCACUGCCUACCUGGAAGGAACGUCCGGAGCACCAUAA